AUGAAUCGUUCCAUCUCGGGUUGCCCGGAACCUAUCCGAAGGGUCCCCGUAUCAGCCCCGACCCUGACUCGACCUGGCCCCGACCCUGCCCUGCCCCCUGCUGUUACCCCUAUUCCCCCAAGUAUUUAUUUUCUGAUAUCCUUUCGUACGAGGCCUAUAGGUGUCAAUGGUAUUCCUAGUGGAUUCCUACCGCAUUCGGAUCCAUGUCUUGCCUGCGCCGCUACAGAUACUAAGCCUCUACUAAAGGAAAUCAUGCUGGAAGUGUUAGAUGAGAUUAAACGAAUCCGGCAGAAGGACCCGGAGGAUUCUACCCAACUGCUCCACUGGCUUCAAGUACAAUGGAACGACAUAACGCCAAAAACUCCCUUGGGGCGGUCUCGAUAUGAUGGCGGUCUCAUGCAGAGUUGUCAACAAACAAAAUUGACUCCAGGGUUUGAUUUGUUUGAGGCCAAUUUGGCGGCACCCUCAAGAGUGAAUUGUUUUCUUUUGUUGACAUCUCUGCUUCAACCGUACUAUCAAGUAUCCCGGCACCCAUCCGAACCUGUAAGAGGACCGUACACCCUCUUCCAAAGCUUGUUCUACCCUUCCUAUCGCUCCAUCUUUACCCUUCACGUGAUCAAUCGUCACCGUGACUUGUUGCAAAUUGGUGUUGCGUGACCAUGCAGGUAUGUGAAAAGCUAAAGUGUAGUGUUCUAGUCUCAGUGCUUUGCUCCUAAGUAUUUAUUUACAUCUAUUGCAGUAAAGGCAGUAGGAGCUACAGUAAAGGUCGUAGGGGC